GGAGCUACUGCUAUCUGUUGUCAAAAGUUGUGAAGCCACGUCAUUGUUGUAUGUCAGACGAUAAGUAAUUUGUUUUUUGAAUAAUGAAUAUUUUUCGGUUAUUAGGAGAUUUAUCUCACCUUCUAGCUAUUAUUAUCCUUCUUGUCAAAAUAUGGAAAACAAGAUCAUGUGCAGGAAUAUCGGGGAAAUCGCAAAUUUUAUUUGCCGUGGUCUACACUUCGCGGUACUUGGACCUAAUCAAUGCAUUCAUCUCGCCUUACAACACAGUAAUGAAAAUUGUCUUCCUUGCUGCUUCCUAUGGAACCAUCUAUCUUAUGUACAUGAAGUUUAAGGCCACUUAUGACGUCAACCACGACACAUUCAGGAUUGAAUUUCUCCUCGCACCAGCCGCCGUUCUGGCUUUGAUUGUUAAUCAUGCUUUUGAACCUCUUGAGAUCCUGUGGACCUUCAGCAUCUACCUUGAGUCGGUGGCCAUUUUGCCGCAACUGUUCCUUGUGUCGAAGACUGGCGAGGCGGAGAGCAUCACCUCUCACUACCUGUUCAUGUUGGGCUCCUACCGGGCUCUCUACAUCUUCAACUGGAUCUACCGCUACUAUGCCGAGACCCACUACGAUCUGAUUGCAAUUGUCGCCGGAAUUGUGCAGACAGUGCUCUAUUGUGAUUUCUUCUAUCUCUACAUAACCAAAGUGCUUAAAGGCAAGAAACUACAACUGCCCGCCUAAAUCGAGGCGACAGGCAAUAGUCUACUAAGAUUUAGACUUUCUGGUCCGAUGCGUGUCUGAUUGAAGAAGAAGCGCUUGCUCAUGAGCUGGAGAAUGGCUAAAAACACACAAAUCCUUGACGUGUGCCCUGUCCACGUGGUGUUGUUAACUUCAGACAAUUUGUAUUAUAAUGAUAAUAAUUACUAUUUAUACUCAGAAAUUGAUACAAAAAUUAGAGUUAAAUGUAGUGACUAUUUGGGACGUAUAAUAUCAGUAUAGUGAACUCUGCAGAUUUAGGUCUAAAUGUUGCAAUUGAAUUGAUAACAAUCAAUAGUUUCCUUCUGUUAUUGGCAAUAUACGUUUGAAUAAAUAUAUAAGAUACGUUCUGAUAAAAUAUCUAAAUAAUAAGUGUAUGAGAUGUGUGAGAGUGGUUGAGUAAAUUAACUUAAUUUAUUAUAUAAUUAACUUAAUUUAUUAUAUAAUAACUGUCUUGGGGAUGUGAGAUGAGGGUGUUUUAAAUUGAGUUGCUAGUAUUUUUUAGUAUUGCCAGAGGUGAAUUUGAACGGUACGACUUUUCUAUCAUUCUCUAAAUUCCAUACAUCAGAAUCCAUCCUCUGCAGUUAGAAAACCUAUAAAUCAUAUACUUUCCUUUACUUCACAUUACUCAGGUUAAUCAUCCUUUAUUAAAUCGAUUGUUUAGGAAUAACUAUGAGUUUAGGUAUAACUAUGGAACUAGAAAUCCUUUACUUCACAUUACUCAGGUUAAUCAUCCUUUAUUAAAUCAAUUGUUUAGGUUUAACUAUGGAAUUGAAGAAUGUUCAAGUGACACAUAACCUAGACUGUUGUCAAAAUUAGAAUUGGAACCGUUUUGGGUGAGAGUCUGUGCUACUUUUCUGUAAGUUGUGUAAUUCUGAAUAAUUAAAAGUUUGUAGGCUAUACAGCAUUGGUAUGAUGCUUUUCAGACUCAAGAAUUGAAAGAAAAUAUCGAAGAAAUUACAAUUCACGAAUCUAUUUCAACUGCUUGUGUUUGAAAAUGAAAAGUCUCAAUUGCAUGUGAACUAAUGAAUGUAACUUGAGUAAUUGUGAGAGUAAAUUCUAGAUUGGUUACUCAUUCUCAACUCAUAAUUUAUUUUCUAUCACACCUUAGUAGCUAGAUUAUAGCUUAUGUUAAUGUCAUUGUUUUUAGAUAAGGAUCUGGAGGUUCCAAAUGUAAUCCAAAUCAAACUAAAGAUUUCAAUCUUUCUUCUAGCUGAGCAAUUUUUUACUAGUAGUCUAAUUGAAUUAAUCAAUGGUUUGUAUUCAAGCCAUUUGAAUUCGCCUUACAUUUUUAUCUGUUAUUUUACUGGCUGAUAAUACCUUUUAAAAUGAUUGAGAAGAAAGAAAAUAACCUGAUAAUACUCGCUCUUUGGUUUUAACAUUAUCCAUAUUACUCACAAGUAAAAUGAAUCAAUGCUUUGUCCUAAUUGUUUGUAGUUUCCAAACUAAUUUGCUUUGUUUCAUGGUGUACAACUAUUCUUAUUGUUUGAUAUGAACUUUUUUAACACUAUCAUAGUUGAAUGUUUCCUAUUAAAAUCAAGAAUCUAAUAGGUAGCCUAAUAGUUCUAUUAAAAUAAAAUCAUUGUAUGUCUCAGAUCCAUUUGAUAUCUGCUGAAAUAUUGUGCUAAAUUAUGAGUUUCCUUCAAAUUUCCAACUUGGUACGGUUAUUUCUAACCGAGUAUAUAGAGAGGUUUGAAGAAUACGUGUUCAAAAUUUGAAGCUGAUUGAUCAAUUCUUUCUGAAGUUAUUGUAGAACAUACAAACAGACGGAUUUUGGUCUUCACUGAGUCGAAAGUGAGAAGUAACGUUUUGAGUCGAUAGUCCGGGUAACGUUUUUAGAUGAUUGCUCAUAAGAAAGUCUUGAUACUAUUAUUGGUGUUUUACCAAUAUAUUCCUAUCACUUUCCUGAUAUACUGUCACAAUUCUUCCAUCCAUAGCCUUCUUAUUGCAACUAUUUUUGAGAAGGUUUAAUUCUGAAUUCCGAAUUUCUCAAUUCAAGUUCAAAUUAACUAGCUUCUUUAUUCUUCAUUGAUUCAUACAGUAAGUACAUCAUCAAAGUGAUAGGGAGAGAAAAAUAAGGUAACCUUGUGCUAUUCCUCUCCCAAAUUCAGAUAAGGUUACACUCAAGUCUUGUAGUUGUUCACUUCCUAUAAUCAUAGUUUUAAAUCUUAACGUUGGAACUUUUGAUUUACAUUUUAAGUGUAAAAAUUGCACAAAUCCAAGCACAAGGGCUCAUCACACAAACGAUAUUAUUUUAUUUAUUUAUUUACAAAUACACAUAAUCAAGCUGAUGGAAGGAAAUGAACAGGAUUCCCCUAAACUGUUUCACUGUUCUCUCCUGAAUUUUUAUAGUUAAUAUAGAUUAAAUGAGAUUAUGCUGGCGCCACACUCUCGCCAAGUGUGUACAAAUGACGACAAGCGCUAUGGGGAUGGCUACUAUCCCAUAAUAUAGCCCAAAUGAGGUUUUGCGGGCGCCCACACUCUUGCCAAGUGUGUAUAAAUGACGACAAGCGCUAUGGGGAUGGCUUCUACCAUGGCUUACUUCAGAUAUCUAUAGUAGUCUGUGCUUCUACCCCAUAAUAUAGCCCAAAAAUGAGGUUUUGCCGGCGCCACACUCUUGCCAAGUGCGUACAAAUGACGAGCGCAAGAGUGUGGAUGACUACUAUGCUACCGCUUGCCCUCACUUGCCUUCGCUCCGACUCUUGUGGAGACAAGGCAAGCAGAGGCUAGUGGCUCCAUAUCACUGAUUUUUAUGUGGCGCUCAUCUUCUGGUCACAUUUUGCAGUGUGGUUGGUAAGAAGAACGCGAGCCGCUCGUGUUGGCCUUUUUCGACCAAACAAGUAACUUGGCAAGAGUGUGGCCUAGGCAUCAUGUUUAGUAUGUUGUAAUAUUGGGUACCGUAUUCUAAAGCUGCGUUUACACCAAAGUUAUCAACAAAAUGUUUAUUUCUCCGUCCUUAUAGAUUCUAUUAGAUUGAACAUAACUUAUCAUACACAUGAUGAACAUAAUGUGUUUGUCAAGUUCCGUUCAAUCUAAUAGAAUCUAUAAGGGCGGAAAAAUAAACAUUUUUUAACAACUUUGGUGUAAACGCAGCUUUACCAAUCCGAUUUUAUUAAUUUGAUCCCAUGUUAUCGUCAAAAUGUCUAUGAGUGUUUUUCAUCAUCAUAAUGGAAAACCUUCAAUAUUUUGAUGAAAUCUCAAUCACUGUUUUCUAGUAUUUUCUGUUUUCGGAAACCUUACAAAUGGUUAAAGAGUCGUGUGCAGGCUGUAUAUACUUUUCAGGAAUAAUCUAGAGUAUUUAGAGUUGUAUUUUUAUUUGAGUCGAUUGUUGAUGAUUAUGAGUUUUAUCAAUGUAACUGCCUACUGAGUUUGAUAAUAUUAUUCUGAUGUAUUGGCAAUUAAAUAUUGAUUUCUUCUAAAAA